GUUAUUUUAUUUUUUUAAAAACGUUCUAAAAUAUUGUGUUUGUAUUCUUGACAACGUCAUAAACCAUGCUUCGAAAUGUCAAAAACAGACCAAAAAAACAAACAAACGAAAACAAUCCAUGUUUCAUUUCAGCAUUUUGUGUGUCAAUGGUGCCCCCUGUUGAUUGACGCUGUUAUCGGUUCUCCUCAGCACUGUUUUAUUAAACCUCUCUCUCCCUCGACGUCAGCUUUUGGGAACUCGGGCAAGGGAAAGUUUAGGGAGAAAAAAAAAGUCUGCUGUUGUCUAUGUAUGGAUGAAUACUGAAAGCCUUUCGUACAGGAGAGAAAACUAGCGCAGUGUAGCCCGAAAUGGCGAAUGCGUGGCAUCCGCGCUGAAAAACCUAACGUUACCGCGGACGCGUUUAAAGGGCUGUGAACAAACUUUUCCAUUUUGUUUUCAUGGAAUUUUUUACCUCUUUUCCGGACGGACAGAGGCAACAAAGCGAAACUUGAGUUUACCGGUGACAGUAUUCCAAGGAAAGAAAAUCCAUGAAGUUUCAAACGAGGACAUCAAUCAGACGGAAGGAUUUUAAAAGGCUGCGCGCGUGACUGUGUUAAGAUCAAAUCGGGGAGAAACUAAUCUAAAACUUGCUAAAAGAUCUGGGUGAAACGAACAAUGGCAAAGAAAUACGACUUCCUCUUUAAAUUAUUGCUUAUUGGCGAUAGUGGUGUUGGCAAGACCUGUUUGAUCAUCCGUUUUGCAGAGGACAAUUUUAAUUCAACGUACAUAUCAACCAUCGGUAUUGACUUCAAAGUGAAGACCAUUGAGGUUGAGGGAAAGAAAGUCAAACUUCAAGUCUGGGACACAGCAGGACAGGAGAGGUUUAAGACCAUCACUACUGCAUACUACAGAGGGGCCAUGGGCAUCAUCCUUGUGUAUGACAUCACUGAUGAAAAAUCCUUUGAGAAUAUUCAGAACUGGAUGAAGAGCAUCAAAGAAAAUGCUUCAGCAGGUGUAAGUCGGAUGUUACUGGGCAACAAGUGUGAUAUCGAGUCCAAAAGGAAAGUGUCAAAGGAGAUAGGCGAGAAGCUCGCAAAGGAACAUGGUAUUCGAUUCUUCGAGACUAGUGCAAAAUCAAGCAUCAACGUUGAGGAGUCUUUUGCUGCUCUUGCACGAGACAUUUUGCUGAAGUCAAAUAAGAAGCCGGGUCCAUCUGGUCGUGAGGUUAAACUUACCAGCACAGAGAAAAAAUCCUCCAAAUGUCUUCUUCUUUAGAUAUGCUUUUAAGCAGAGGACGGUCUCACUACACACACACACACACACACACACACUUACAUACAGGAACAUUGCAGUGUUAAUGCCUGAGAGUUCUUUGCAAAGUGAACAUGGAACGCUAAUAGGAAGUGGUUUCAAAGGAUGAUGGCACUAGUAAGAUAUGAAAUAUGAGAUAUGAAACAGGGUACAGCUUUCAUGUAGUUAGAGGAAAAUCACAUUUUUUUGUUACUUCAUGUUUAGAUUUUCGCACUACACAACGAAAACAGUGACUAGGCUACAGUGGAGACAAUGUUGGUUUUACUUGCACAACAAGUUUUGCUCAGUCAAAAUGGAGAACAAGUACCUAAUGAAUUUCUAUCUUUUGGCAACUUCAAGUGAAAUAUAUAGUCCAGUUUGAUGGCUAGUCAGCACUUUUUGACAAAUGGUUUGAAUGUUCGUUGCUAUAAAAGGUGAACAACUUCAAUUUUAAAGACUUUGACCUCUAAUGGAUGGAUAAGAAAAUUCACAGUGUGUUUCUCCAAAAGGAUUAUGGCCAGACAUAAUUCACAUAUUUGGUUUUGCAUAAUUUUUGAAUCAAGUUUCUGUCUUCCUGCCAUAUUCCACUUGUCUAUAUUCUUUUCCACAGCAUAUUUCUCAGAAUUUGUACAAUG